AUGGGAGCAUGUAACUGCAAAGUAAAAUAUAAAUGCAGGAAAAAAAGCAAUAAUGAACAAGUAGGAUCGACCCUAGAUAGAGUAAUCAGUCAGUCUUCCAAUGAAGAUCAGUGUUUGUUAUACAAAUUAGCUAAUUACAAAAAGGGUGGCGAAUUAAUAGAUGCGUAUAAUAUCGGAGGGCUGAUAGAAGUUGAGAAAUUAAUACGAGAACAAUUCGGCCAAUUGAUGUAUCAAGAUGGAAAGGGUCAAAUUAUAAAUAGAUCUGAAUAUCUAAGGUGGAAAUUCAGAGAUCACGACCAAGUGACUCUGCCUAUUGAAGCAUCUUUAAGUAGAUUUGAUCCUUUGGGUAAAUGGGCAGACCAUGAAGCUUGCUGGCAAAUGCAAUAUAGGGGAUCUCUUGGAGAAUCUUUGUUGCAUGUUCUAAUAAUAUGCGACACUAAAAUUCACACCAGAUUGGCUAGAACUCUCAUCAGAUGUUUUCCUAAGUUAGCUGUUGAUGUUGUAGAGGGUGAGGAAUAUUUAGGUGCUAGUGCGUUGCAUCUAGCUAUAGCCUAUAGCAACAACGAAUUGGUGCAAGAUUUAGUUGAAGCUGGUGCCAAUGUAAACCAAAGAGCUAUAGGGAGUUUUUUCCUUCCUAGGGACCAGCAGAAACCUAAGCCUGCCAAAAACACAGAGUAUGAAGGUUUAGCAUAUCUUGGAGAGUAUCCCUUAGCAUGGGCUGCAUGUUGUGCCAAUGAAAGUGUAUAUAAUUUACUUUUAGAUAGUGGUGCAAACCCAGAUUUACAAGACAAUUUCGGAAAUAUGAUAUUACAUAUGGUUGUGGUUUGUGACAAGUUGGACAUGUUUGGAUAUGCUUUGCGACAUCCAAAGUUACCCGCUAGUAAUGGUAUUGUGAAUAAUGCUGGGCUAACUCCAUUGACAUUAGCUUGUAAGCUAGGUAGAGCAGAAGUUUUCAGGGAAAUGUUAGAACUGAGUGCUAAAGAAUUUUGGAGGUACAGUAACAUUACAUGCUCAGCAUAUACUUUGAAUGCUCUAGAUACCUUACUUCCGAAUGGUUCAACAAAUUGGAAUUCAGCGCUAUUUAUCAUUCUAAACGGAACUAAGGAAGAACAUUUAGAUAUGUUAGAUGGAGGGAUAAUUCAAAGAUUAUUGGAAGAAAAAUGGAAAACAUUUGCCAGGAACCAAUUUUUGAAAAGAUUACUUAUUUUAAUUCUUCAUCUUGUGUUAUUAUCAUUAGCUAUUUACUUAAGACCUGAUGAUCCUGACGAGUCUUUGUUAGGAUGGAGUGAUGAACCUCAAGUUAUUUCUAGAUAUGUGUGUGAGAUCGGUACAAUCUUAGGGGUUUUAAGCUAUGUAAUUCUGCAACAAGGUGACGAAAUUAGAAAUCAAGGUUUUUGGACAUUCCUAAAGCAGCAAUCAAAUUCACCACCAAAAAUAAUAUUUUUGAUAUCGAAUCUUGCAAUUUUGGCUUGCAUUCCCUUAAGAAUAUAUGGAGAUAAAAAUACCGAAGAAGCAAUAUUGGGUUUUGCAGUACCCGGAUCAUGGUUUCUACUUAUGUUUUUUGCAGGAGCAGUACGUUUAACAGGUCCAUUUGUGACUAUGAUCUACAGUAUGAUCACUGGUGAUAUGUUAACAUUUGGAAUCAUCUACAUUAUUGUUCUUUUUGGAUUUUCGCAGUCAUUUUAUUUUCUGUACAAAGGAUUUCCUAGUGUUAAAUCGACUCUUUAUGAAACAUAUGCUACAACAUGGAUGGCUUUAUUUCAAAUUACCUUAGGAAAUUAUGAUUAUCAAGAGUUAUCUCUAACAACCUAUCCUGGUAUCAGUAAAACAGUAUUUGCGUUAUUUAUGGUAUUUGUUCCUAUCUUAUUAUUGAACAUGUUGAUUGCAAUGAUGGGAAAUACCUAUGCCCAUGUUAUAGAACAAAGUGAGAAAGAAUGGAUGAAGCAGUGGGCUAAAAUUGUAAUUGCAUUAGAAAGAGCUAUUCCACAAUCAGAUGCUCAUCAUUAUUUACAAGAAUACAGUAUAUCUUUAGGGCCAAGUGAAAUACCUGGUACUGAACAGCGUGGUGUGAUGGUGAUCAAGUCUAAGAGUAAGACAAGAGCCAAACAAAGGAAAGGUGCUGUAGCAAACUGGAAGAGAGUGGGAAAAGUAACUAUAAAUGCAUUAAAGAAGAAGGGACUUACAGGGGAAGAAAUGAGAAAUCUAAUGUGGGGUAGAGAAUCGAUAAAUACACCGAUAAAAUUGAAAAACACUAAACAAGCUGUCAAAAACAAUCGUCCUGCUAAUCUAGGAGCUUUUGGAGAAGCUUUAUCUUCUGCUCUGGAUGUGAUGGCAUUUACAAAUGAUUUGAAUAUAGCUAAUGGAACAGUUGGGUCGAAUAUGCAAAAUGAUAUAAGAUCUUCGUCUAAUCAAAAUGAACAGGUACAGAUUAAAAUGUGGACAGACAAUCCGAAUUUACCUGAAAAUACCUUACAACCAACAGAUAAUUCCAGUACAUUGUGUUUCAAUGCAGGAGCUCCAAUGUUGCCAAAUGUGGAUCAAUUUCAAGGUUCAAAAAGCAACAUUGAACAAAACGAAAGGACAAUGCUUCAGACAAUACCAGAAAUCAAUUUUAAUACUGCACCACUUCUUCCAAAUAAAAAGAACGAUCCUCUAAGACUGCUGGUUAUAUAUUCAGAAGAUCCCAAAUGUGAUGCAGAAGUACUUAAACAACUUGCUUUUGCUGCAGCAAACUUGUCAGGUAUCGAUAAAGUAUCCACUAAGCGAGAAGUAGGUGUUAAAGUAUUAGCAGGAAUAUUUGCUGGAACAGAAGAAUUUGUCAGAAAAGUUGAACAAACAGUGAAAAAUACGUAUUCUAUUCUUGAUCCUAGUGAUAGUGAUGGUAUAGGAGGAACAAAAAUCCUUGGACAGAUAUCCAGAAAUAGGAGAGCAAAAUCAGCAAACAAAAGACUUUCUGCAAAAUUGAAAGAAGACAAGCAGAAACUGAUGAGUAGCUCAGAUUCAAGCUCAGUUGAUACAUUAAAUGUAGAAGACAGUAAAGCAUCAAUGGACUUAGAGUGCGCUGAAGAAAAAGUCAAUAAUACUAACGAAUUGAGCACACCUAGAGAAGUUACCUUGUAUGAAGAGCCAUUGUCUACAGCAAUCUCUGAAGCAGGGCUGAUACAAGAAUUAGGAGAAGGUCAUCCUAGUCAAUCAGGAAACACAACAUCAAUCAAGAAGAAACGGCCAAAAACAGGAGUGAAACAUAAUAAAGUGUCUCCUGUAGAUAAGAGAGCUCUCAAAUCGGCUAGUAAACCAUUGAACUCCGAUAGAUCUGAAUCGCCAGAUCCACUAGAACCAUGGAGUACAAGAAAAAUCGCCAAUAUGAACAAAAUAUUGGCUUGGGAAAAUGAACAUGAUAGCAUGUAGCACUUCCAAAUUGCUUUUUUAUUUCAAAAUCAAAUUUUUAUGAUCAUACAACUAUGCUGUUUUAGUUUGAAUCAUUUUCCAUUCCUAUUGUAGGUGUUUUCCUACAAUUUUUUCGAUAUUAUUUAUUUUGUGUAUUUAUUAAUUAUUAAAAUAAAUUUUUUUCAACAAGAA